GAGGGAUCAUCCUGUGUUGUUCCUCUAUCAUGCCCAUGCAGACGCUACGGAAACAGAAAGCUCAGAGCUUUCGUUCUUCGACCUGCAUCGGAUGACUGCAUCUCCAAUCCAAAAAAGGACUUCCCAUCCCCUAUUGCCUAGUUGGGAAACAUUCAACCAAUCGCUUCUAGUUCCGUCUGAACAUUGGAGUCUCAGCCUCAUCAUUGAUGUGCAGAUCUGGAUAACUAUACAGUCCCUUCUGUCCUUGUCUGACGUCCGUACUCUGUGGUUGGGCGCCGUCUUCGUUGUCGUUUCCACUUUUGCUCAAGCUUUGCCACGGAGUCUCCCCAUCUUCAAUGUUGGCUUGUCAAUACGAUGAGCUCAAGCGUACGGCGUGGAGGUCCUCCCUUCUAACCCGCUUCUCAAGCUUUUUACUAGCAGGCCAUUCUGGGAUAUGGCGCCGGAAAGCAGUCUGUGACCCAUCCAUACCAGGGGAUUUUGACAAGCCCAUGCUGAGCUAGGUCUUAUUGAACCUUGUCGAGAAAA